AUGGUGGCCGUGGCCCCCCCUGGCCACCACGUGGCCACGCCCCUGGGAAAGAGUGCCACUGGAAACACUAUCCUGGGAAAGAAAGAAUUUAAAUCAUCUGCUUUAAUGAUGUCUGUUACAACCAAAUGUAAGAGAAAGACUGCAGUAAUUGGUUCCAGACAGGUGCAGGUCAUUGACACCCCAGGUCUGUUUGACACGACUGUCUCCCAUGAGAAGAUCAGAGAGGAGAUUGGGAAAUGCAUCACCAUGUCCUCACCAGGGCCUCAUGUGUUCCUGUUGCUGCUCACAGUGGGACGCUUCACCCAAGAGGAGAGAGAGACGGUGAAGAUGAUCCAGGAGAUCUUUGGCGAGUACUCCAAAGCCUACACAAUGGUCGGCUUCACUAGAGGUGAGGAGCUGAGGGAUGAAGGCAUUGCCAUUGAGAAGUACAUUGAAAAAAGCCCACCCGCCUUGCAGGAACUGAUUAAAGACUGUAGCGGUCGGUACCAUGUCUUCUGCAAUAAGGACAAAGACACACAGGCACAACAGAUCAAGUUGACUCUGGAGAAGAAGCUCAGGAACCUUCGUGGCGAAGCUGUCAAGGAGAGGGAUGAAGACAUUAAGAGACUUGAAGAGUUACGAGCCAACCUGGAGAAGAACCAUGAGAAGAAAAUCAAUGAAAUAGAUAGCGAAGUCUUCACUGAGCUCGCUAGAAGUCGAGCUGGUAUUCGCAGACGAGCGGAGAAAGCUGAGGCUAAAGCCAUGGCUAAGAGCUUACAACACAACCAGCAGAAAUGCACUAUAUCAUAA